CGGGUCUGUAACAAAUAGACACUGAAUGAGUCCUAACAUGCAGUUUGCAUUAUGCAAACAAAAUGUUUCAUUUGUAAUUAACACAAACCUUUUGCAGUCCUUGUGAUCAUUUGAGCUGAACUUGGUCGUCGUAAGAGCAGGAGUAAUCGCGCUUGAAUAUAUUUCAAAAUGAGCAAUCCGCCGCCAGAAUAUUAUGAAAAAGGUAGACCUCAACCUCAUAGACAAAAAGGUUCGCAGCCACAACCGUAUGGACAAAGAGGUCCUGAGCCACAACCGUAUGGACAAAGAGGUCCGCAGCCAAAGCCGUAUGGACAAGGAGGUCCGCAGCCACAGCCGUAUGAACAUAUUGCUCUCAGUCAACCAUAUGAUCCAGGUCAAAUGAAUCCCCAGCAACAAUACGGCCAACAUCCGCAACCUAUGAUGAUGCAUCCCCAACAUCACACAUCCACUACCGUGAUCGUCCAGCAACCGACAGCCGUUCAGAACGACCGUAUCCUUGGCCAUAAAGACGGACAUAGAGAUUGGAGCAGUGGACUUUUCUCUUGUUGUGAUGAUGUUGAAAAAUGUAUGUGGACAUGGUGCUGCCCGAGUUGCGUACUAGCUGAUAUCUCCGCUAGGCUUGGAGAAUGUGCUUUCGUGACAUGUUGUGUUCCCGGGGGAAUCGCUACUAUCCGUACACGUGUUCGAACUCUUGGUGGUAUCAGGGGAUCAAUCUGUAAAGAUUAUUUGGCUACAGAAUGCUGUCAACUUUGUGUCAUGUGCCAGAUACAGCGAGAACUAGAAUACAUGGGACUCUAGUCUGUGUAUAAUAACUACAUCGAGAACUCAAAUGCUAGAUGGGACAUGCAUUUUUAUUAUAUACUUAUAUAAAUUCUGUCAAAAUUGCAGCGUGUAUUUUACAAGUAAAUUUGAACUGGCAGAAAAAAAUCCGUAUUGUACCUUUUGUAUUGUAUGUUGCCGGACUACGUUCAUUUAAUAUACAUAACCUGACAUACUUCUAUAAAUAGCGAACAUAAAAAUUUCACUUGUUUUUAUUUUAGCUUCGACAAAGAUUUAAGAUUUUGUUCGAUAACAUAUUAAAAGGAUCAUUACAACAGUAGCUAGAUCUGGGAUUUUGUAUUCGGCUCUCGUGGAUUUGGCAAGGACAGAUCACACUCGGCGCUUGCGCCCCUCGUGAGAUCCGAUCUGGCAAAAUCCACUCGAGCCGAAUACAGCACCCAGUUCGAGCUAUUAUUAUAAUAACCCUAUUGUAUUUUACUAAUACAGCGAACCGGGACUUUAAUCUGUAUUCAAGAAUAUAUGGAACUUUAACUUCUAUUUGACAGAUAAAUAUAUUGUCGGUUACUUGUUGCUUUUCAGUGGUGAUAUAUAUUAUCCUAAUCAACCAACUGUUUCCAGUAUUUCAUGUUCUUCAAAAAAAAAUGUAAAGCAGAACCGUGUUUUAAUAUAUCGAAACAAUACGAAGUGGAUAGUCGCCUGCAGA